AUGGUAAUCAAAUUCAUGUCCCACGUGGUUACACCCCCUGUAUUGCUGUAUAUGGGGAUUGACAAACACGAGAAUGAACAUUUAAUAAAGUACGGAUGGCCGGAAGAUGUCUGGUUCCACGUUGACAAACUUUCUUCCGCUCACGUUUACCUGCGGUUACCGGAAGGCAUGACGAUAGACUCUAUUCCGGAAGAAUUGCUCGAAGACUGUUCGCAACUCGUCAAGCAGAACUCCAUCGAAGGAUGUAAGCAAAACAACGUUCCUGUCGUCUACACGAUGUGGUCGAAUCUAAAGAAGACGGGCGAUAUGGCCAUUGGACAGAUCGGUUUUCACUCCCAAAAAGCCGUGAAGCGAUGCGUCGUUGAGAAGAAGAAGAACGAGAUUAUUAAUCGGUUGAACAAGACUCGAAAAGACGAGGAAGUUGACUACAAGGCGGAACGUGACGCCAGAGAUGCCGUUGAACGACAGAAGCAACGACACGCCGAUAAAAUCCGCAAGGAUGAAGAGGCACGCAUCGCCGAAGAGAAGGAGAAAAUGCGCCGAAUCAGAAAUUAUGAGGACGUUGAAGUUGAUGACGGCCUGGCAAAUAACCAGAACGAUGACGGCAACCUUUCCGACGAUUUUAUG